AUGCCUGUAGCAGCAGUAGGUGGUGUUCCUGGCGGACAGCAACCAACAUGCUUUCAAAAGGUUCGUCUGGGUUUCAUGAUGGGAUGCAUGAUUGGAGGUGCUACAGGAGUACUCAUUGGUGGAUUUUCGGGGUUACGAAUGGGUCUACGAGGGAAGGAAUUGAUAACUCAGACCGGAAAGAUCGUGGCACAAUCAGGUGGAUCUUUCGGAGUGUUUAUGUCGAUCGCUCAAUUACUUCGUUGUUAA